AUCCUUUAUUGGUAGAUUUCAUAUUGAUAGACACUACUUGUUUGGAAAACAUGAGUUAACUCUAAUUCUUGUUCUCUUGGAUUUAUUUACCCUCAAAUCGUGUUUGUAAUACAUAUAUUAUGUCUGCAUGUGUGGAAGAUUUGAGGAUAGAUAUCCACCUAUGAAAAACCCAAUUAAAACCCAUUACCCAUCUACACAGUAAAGAGUUCACCAUUUAUCUGCUAAAUAUUGAGGAUUUAAGCAUUUCUGGAAAGACCCAUUUGUUCUUGAAAUAUAGAGAAGAGUUUUGCUUUAAAAGCCUUUCUUUUAUCAUCUUUUAUUUGGAGUUCUGGCUGUUGCAUAUUAGCAAGUAUAUCCAAUGGAUGAAAUUAAGGAUUCAGAACACUUCCAAGAAACGCUAUAUACAGAAAUCAAGUCAUUCUUCGAUUCAUCUCCUCCUCUGAAGGAUGUUGAUGAAAUCAACAGAAAAUUAGAAGAAUUUAUAGAAAGGAAUUAUUCAUCAUCAGAGAACAAAACAACUCGGAGAGUGGUUUGCGUUACAUCUGGGGGUACAACUGUUCCUUUGGAGCAACGAUGUGUUCGUUACAUUGACAACUUCAGCUCAGGUCAUAGAGGAGCUGCAUCCACAGAAUACUUUUUGAAGGCCGGAUAUUCUGUAAUAUUUCUCUAUCGGAGGGGAACCUGCCAGCCAUAUUGUAGGUCUCUUCCGGAUGAUCCAUUGCUUGAAUGUUUUGACAUUACCAAUGAAUCAAAUAUUGGAGUGAAUCCGGUACAUGCUGAAGCGGUGAAGAAAGCCAUCAGUGAACAUCAUUCUGCAGUUAUCAAAGGCAAUUUGUUGAAACUUCCCUUUACAACAAUUUUCGAGUAUCUUCAGAUUUUACAGUUGAUUGCAUUAUCAAUGAGGAGUCUCGGAUCAAGUGCUAUGUUCUAUCUUGCAGCUGCAGUUUCGGACUUUUACGUUCCAUGGGAGACCAUGACGGUGCAUAAAAUUCAGUCCCGGUCUGGUCCUCUGGACAUGCGGCUUGCUCAAGUUCCUAAGAUGCUCUCAGUGCUGAGGAAAGAUUGGGCACCUAUGGCCUUCUGCAUAUCAUUCAAGCUGGAGACGGAUACAAAGAUUCUUCUGGAGAAGGCUGAUAUGGCUCUUAAAAAGUAUAAAAUGCAUAUGGUAGUGGCCAAUGAGCUUUUAACCCGUAAAGUGGAAGUUAUAGUUGUCUCUAGGAGUGGGAAGAUCACUGUUCACCGAGACAAGAAUCAACCUGGUUCCGAUGUUGAGAGCCCACUGAUCAAACUUGUAGUGGAUCGACAUUCUGAAUAUAUAAAAGACUCUGGUUCAUGAUUUCAUGCCGAACAUUUGUUGGGUGGCAAAAUUGCAGCCCCCUAUCCAUACUCUGAUAUUUGGAUUCAAGCAAAAUAUGUUGGGUUCACAUAGUUAAUGGAAAUAUAGUAAAACACAUGGACAAUAUAUGUAGAAUCGAAUUUCUUCAAGAAGAAUCCGUACUUCUAGUUCAUGUUUCAUUUGGUUAUUGUUCUAUAAUCAAUGCAGCUAAUAAAGGAAGUUUUUCUCACUGAUGUUAGAGGAUAUAUUUUCUUUCUUGAUGAAUUUCUCUGUUACAAUUCUCA